AUGGCUUCCGGAAGCAGCUCUCCAGCGAGCGAUGGUUCCAGCAGGAUCUCGGAAUCGGAACCAGAUUCUCCGAUCUUGAAAAUGUCUGAUGACAGUUAUUUCCAUGACCUGAAGGUGGUGAUCGGAUUACCUGCGGUGGCUGCUGGUGGUAAAGGUUUGAUGGGUAAAGACGAUAUGGGUAGCAAAGAUGGCGAUGGGGUGUUGGCGCCUGCAAAUGAAGGGCAGCAGUGCAUCGGGAGGAGCAAUGAGUGGUUAAUCUGUGGGUUUUGUACGGAUCAAGGCAAACGAAGGUAUAUGGAGGAUCGGUAUGUGAUUAUGCCGACGUUUCUUUCCCUCCGCUGUAAUACAUUCGGUGGUUGUACUGCCCCUCAGUGUGAAUAUGCGUUGGAGAUGUCUCCGGUUCACUACUUUGCCAUUUUCGAUGGCCAUGGUGGUUGGCAGGUACGUAAAUAA